UAAAAUUCUAUAAACAUCUUUCAUUCCCCUCCUCCCAUCUGCCUUGAAAUCCCCCGCCAUGGGGAAGAAGAUGUUCAACAAUGAUCACAACAGCAACAGCCAUCAAGACUUGGACAUGGUCAUCCAGAUUUCUAAAUCUUCCCCUUCUCUUAAAUCCAAUGAUGAAGAUUACCCUUUGAUUCUUCGUUCUUCAGACUCCAAGCUCCCCCAUCAACACUCCUCCUUUCCACCACAGCAACCCCGCCUUGCUUCUCUCGACGUCUUCCGCGGCCUCACCGUCGCGCUUAUGAUUCUGGUUGAUGAUGCUGGUGGAGUUCUGCCUGCAAUUAAUCAUUCACCAUGGAAUGGUGUAACCCUUGCAGAUUUUGUGAUGCCAUUUUUUCUUUUUAUUGUUGGUGUUUCUUUGGGGCUUACAUACAAGAACUCUUCAUUCAGCACUGUUGCAACUAGAAAAGCAGUAUCACGUGCAUUGAAGCUUUUUGUAUUAGGCCUUUUUCUUCAAGGAGGAUUUUUUCAUGGGGUCAACAAUCUAUCUUAUGGAGUGGAUAUUGCAAAAAUAAGAUGGAUGGGAAUCCUGCAGAGAAUUGCAAUAGCAUAUCUUGUAGCAGCAUUAUGUGAGAUUUGGCUAAAGGGUGAUGAUCGAGUUAGUUCAGUGUUAUCUCUAUGGAAGAAAUAUCGAUUUCAGUGGGCUGUAUCUAUGAUGCUUACUGUAACAUAUUUGUCCUUGUUGUAUGGCUUGUAUGUUCCCGACUGGCAGUAUGAGAAUCCAUCUGAAAUCUCCUCAGCACCUAGGAUAAUUUCAGUAAAAUGUGGAGUACGUGGUGACACUGGACCAGCUUGUAAUGCUGUUGGGAUGGUUGACCAAAAAAUACUUGGUAUUCAACAUUUAUAUAAAAAACCAAUUUAUUUGCGAACAAAGCAAUGCAGUAUCCACUCCCCUGAUUAUGGUCCAUUGCCUCUUGAUGCACCCUCAUGGUGUCGAGCACCCUUUGAUCCUGAAGGUCUCCUGAGUUCAGUGAUGGCCAUUGUAACCUGCUUGAUUGGUUUGCAUUAUGGACACAUCAUCGUCCAUUGUAAGGAUCACAGGGAUAGAAUGCGUAACUGGGUAGUCCUGUCUACUUCUCUUUUAGCCUUAGGCCUUGCCUUGGACCUCUGUGGACUGCAUAUAAACAAACCUCUAUACACAUGCAGUUAUAUGUGUCUUACUGCUGGAGCUGCUGGCUUGCUUUUUGCUGCAAUUUACUUCAUGGUUGAUGUGUCAGGUUACAGGCGCAUAACCUUGGUGUUGGAAUGGAUAGGAUUACAUGCUCUGAUGAUUUACAUCCUCAUAGCAUGCAAUCUCCUCCCAGUAGUUCUGCAAGGAUUUUACUGGAAGCGGCCUGAAAAUAACAUUCUAAGGUUAAUUGGGGUCGGGAAAAAAUGAGGGGUGGUACAGAGGUUGGAGCACUAUAAAUUAGGUAAGUUAAAAGCAUUGGAUUGCUAAAAAGCACCAAACACAGUGGUGAAAACACGGCACAGGGGGAGUCAGGUUUUGUACAGUAAAGUUGGAGGCCAACUGUUUUAUCUCUCCUCAAUAAAUAACGUAUUAAAUGUCAUCAAAUAUAAGACUCAUAUUCUUUAUUUUUUGAUGAGAAGUUUUGAUUUUGGCUC